AUGUCCGGACGUGGUAAACAAGGAGGCAAAACUCGAGCUAAAGCCAAAACUCGGUCUUCUCGGGCUGGUUUACAAUUUCCAGUAGGGCGAGUACACCGCCUGCUCCGCAAGGGCAACUAUACCGAGCGGGUUGGAGCCGGCGCUCCGGUGUACUUGGCGGCGGUGCUGGAGUACCUGACGGCGGAGAUCCUGGAGCUGGCGGGCAACGCGGCCAGGGACAACAAGAAGACCCGCAUCAUCCCGCGUCACCUGCAGUUGGCUAUCCGCAACGACGAGGAGCUGAACAACCUGCUGGGCAAAGUCACCAUCGCCCAGGGCGGCGUCCUGCCCAACAUCCAGGCGGUGCUGCUGCCCAAGAAGACCUAGAGUCACCACAAAGCGAAGGGGAAGUAAAGCCUAGACAAAAAAGGAAACUUUUUAAUAAACUGCCUAAAGGCUCUUUUCAGAGCCAUCCA